AUGGUCGGCAUGGACCGAGUGGCGUCCGAGGAGGGCGGCGUGCCGCGCGCGCCGACCCCGGGGGCGGUGCGGCCCCUCGUCGACCCCACGGAGCUGGGCGAGGUGGACCCGGAGAAGUACCCGCAGCCCAAGGAGGCCACCCACAAGAUCCGCGGGCGCUCCGACAUCAUCGAGUUCCUGUGCGGCUCGGUGGACCAGGAGCUGCUCACAGUCAAGACCUUCUACUUCUUCUUCUACUCCGCCUUCGGCUCGCUGUUCCCGCUCAUGGGCGUCUACUUCAAGCAGAUGGGCAUGAACCCGGGCCAGUGCGGCCUGCUGGUGGGCUCGCGCCCGUUCGUCGAGUUCCUGUCGGCUCCGUUCUGGGGCAGUCUGGCCGACAGGUGGCAGAAGGGCAAGACGCUGCUGCUCGCCUCGCUGUCGGCGUGGAUCAUCUUCACGCUGCCGCUGGGCUUCAUCCAGCCGCAGGCCGCGUCCUGUCUGGAGGUGAACCACACGGUGUACGUGCUCGCACCUCCGGAGGAGCGCUUCGCCAUGCAGCACGAGGCGCGCGUGGAGGGGGCCCCGCGCGCCCUCAGGCCCUUGGUGCCCGCCGGCAAGUCGCCGCUCGACGUCACCUACGCCUCCAACUACAACGAGCGCGAGCAGAGCGGCUGGGUGUCGCCGCUCUUCAGCUCCAUCGUCUACCGCACGCAGGACAUCGAGAAGGCGUUCUUCCUGUUGCUGCUGCUGGUGAUCAUCGGCGAGUUCUUCAGCGCGCCCGCCAUCACGCUCGCCGACUCGGCCGUGAUCACGCUGCUCGGCGAGGACGCCGACUGCUACGGCCACCAGCGCAUGUUCGGGUCGCUGGGCUGGGGCCUGGCCAUGUUCUUCGUGGGCAUCGCGCUCGACCACUCCACCUCGUUCCCCGAGCACCCGUGCACGCCCGACGAGCGCGAGAAGAACUACACCAUCUGCUUCGCCACGUUCUCGGUGCUGAUGGGCGCGGCGCUCAUCACGGCCACGCAGGUCACCUUCCGCUACGACUUCCCGACCGAGGCCGAGCUGGAGCCCGAGGACAAGGCGCCGCCGCCGCCCAGCCGCGAGGAGACCCUGCAGCAGCAGCUGGCGCAGCAGCUGGACCUGCCGCAGCUGGCGCAGAGCGGGCCGAGCCCCGCGCCCGCGCCGCUCGUGGGCAAGACAAAAAUGUUUGCCCAGACAACAAGGGAGAUCCCAGAAUGGGUUACUGUCCUCAAGCAGUUUGCGAAUCUGAAGUGCGGGUCUUUCCUGUUCGUCGCUUGGUUCAUGGGCUUCGGCAUCGGCCUCAUAUUUACAUUCCUCUUCUGGCACCUUCAGGAUUUUGGAGGAACCCCGACACUAUUUGGUGUAGCUUCAGUUAUCAACCACAUCUCGGAAAUAUUUGCAUAUUUCUUCAGUUUCAAACUGAUCACGCAAGUUGGUCAUGUGAAGGUGCUGUGCCUUGGACUAGUGGGCAACAUAGUGCGUUUCCUAUACAUCUCUUGGCUACGAAACCCAUGGUGGGUGUUGCCGUUUGAGUUUAUGCAAGGAAUCACUCACGCUGCAGUGUGGGCAGCAUGCUGCUCCUACAUCGCCCACAACACGCCUCAACAACUGCGCAGCUCUGCUCAGGGCGUGCUGCAGGGCAUCCACCACGGGCUGGGCCGAGGAUGUGGAGCUGUCUUCGGCGGCAUAUUUGUCAACUACUUUGGUACCACUGCAACAUUCCGUGGCUACGGCUUCACAUGCAUGGCCGUGCUUGCAGGAUUCAUCUUCAUAAACUUCUACCGGAAAGACACGGGCUUUGUUUCUGAACUGCCGGCAACGGAGGACCCUCACCAGGUGGCUGAGGAAACGUCGCACCUGGCUCCCCACGGCGUACCCAGCAACCCCAUCCCGCGGGCGCUCUCCAGCACCCGCCUUCACGAGCUGGCCGGCCCCGACCAGGGAGGGUAUGGGGCCACCUACCAGACCUCCGGCGGGAACCUCGACAUCCCGGGCCAGGCCGGAGGGGGUGGUGGAGGUAACCCAUUCAUACAGAAUGGCAGCGGUGGGGGAGGGGGCUACAGCUACAGGCAUAGCACGCCACCUCAAGAGUUUGACUCUGCCCACUUCCCGCAGGAGGAAAUCAUAAGGCGUAACUUCCAGGUGUACAACGAGGUGUUGUCGCAAUACGAGAACGAGAAAGCUCAAACCCCUGCCCUGACCCGUCUACACACUCAGCAGCCCGAGCCAUUGUCACCACAUCACUGUUACGAUUGGUGAGCGUCCAGAAGUGAGGGCUAAAUGAGCUCAGUGCGCUCAACAGCCGAGAGUCAGCGCAGCUGGGCUGCGCCCCUAUGUACAGGCAAUGGUGCGUCUGUGCCGCAAGUACUUCCUGGUACUUCCUGCUGCGGGCCACAGACUAUCGUCAGCACAUCCAGCCCUGUGGCUGGCAGUACACAGUGUAAACAAACCACAUAUUGUGAUCUGUAACCAACAUACUCUAGCUUCAAACCAUGUUGCCUAGAACUGCACUGUUUAAUGGUUUACCCCAGCAUUUCAUUUCUUCAUAAAACUGCCAGUCUUAGCCAUUAUAAUCAAUAACAAUGCACUAUAGUGUGCUUAAGAGAAUGUAAAUAUUAAGAUAAUUAUCAAUAGUAUUAACAGUACCUAAACUCAGAGACCAAAAUAUUUUAGUACAUAGAUAUAAUUACUGAGAAACAUAAGUUUACUUUAACGCAAAAUAAAAUUUGAAAUUCUUGCAAAUGUUAACUUUCUGUUCAAUAUAUAUUUAGUCUACACCAUAAUGUAAAUUUCAAACGUUUGAAAUUUAGAGUUUUUAAAAUACUUAUUUAAUACAGUGACACCAAAUUAAUUAAAAUAUCUGACUAAAAUUAAUAGGCCUAAAGUUUACCUACUGAAAGAUGUGACAAUCUAAGUUCAAGACUUGGUACAACACACUAUACAUGCUGGCUAUUCAAACCACCUAAGGUUGGCUCAAUUAUUUAACAUAAAAUUUUGAUCUGGCACAUUUAAAUAAUCACUACACCUUCAUGGAUAACUAAGUCAGCAAUAAAUUAAAUCCACUACGGUAUACCAUCACUUAGCAAUAAACUGUGAUUCACAUGUAAGUGGAUAGUCUGAAUAACCUCAUCUGCAUUUUGUUUAGAUGCAGUUGAUGACUAAAACUGUGAUCACUCAAUAACUCAGCAUUGAUGAUGAUUAGUACUGGAUACUAACCAAAAACGGUAUAUAAAACCUUAAACAUUUUCAACAAUUAAAUGCAAUAAAACAGUAGCCAGCUAUGACUGAAAAAUCAGUUUCCCAAACCUUAAUCAGUUUGUUCUUUUACUUACACACUUAAUCAUGUUGAGGUUAUAACAUAUCUGCUCUCAUGUAGGAAAAAAUUAAUAGUAUGUCUUUUAUAAUUAAAAAAAAGUUAUUGGUUAAUCAUGAUAAUUCUGUGACCAAUACUUUUGGCAGUGUACGUCAUGAUGUGCAGUUAUUUGUUCUAAAGAUUACCUUGAGCAUUGUGUAUGUACAUGUUUAUUUUUUCCUAAGAUCAACUAUGUUUUUUUAAAAAAAAGCUCUGGAAUAACAUUUGGGGAGGGAAACAAAGCAACAAUAAAAAUGUCAUUGAGAACUGAAAUGCUGUAUAUAUGUUCCAUAAUAUAUAAAUGUCUUCAGAAUAUUUUAAAGCUAUCAAUUUAAUUGCAAUAACUCUAGGAAAAUGCAACAUGCUAUCUAUAGCAAUAUAUAACCCAGCCAAAAAUGUCCAUUAUAAAAAAAUAAGGGAGGGGGGGGGGGGCUGCUUAUGAAUUGAAUAUUGAAUAUCAGAAAUUUUGAAGAGAUGUACUGGGUGAAAGAAAAUUUUGAACAGUAACUGUAUAGUGGUGAUGAGGAUGCCAAAAUGAUUCAGAAAUGCUAAACGAAUCUAUAAUCUGAAAUGCAUCACUUUCAAAUGAGAAGUAUGUUCUGUUAGUUGGUCAGCAUGAAGCAAGCAGAAAUUUUUCCUGAGCCAAAUGAGUUUGGUGGAAAAAUGUCAUCUUCCACCUCACUGCUUCUAAUUACUCGGUACACACUCCUGCCUUAAGCAUAGUUAUCUUGCUGCCAAGAUUAAUCAUUACAGCUAAUCUGAUAGAGAACUUCCAACUUCCCUUCAAUUUGAGUAAAAUGCAGGCUGGGAAGGGGGAAAGGAGAAAGAAUGGGGUCUGUCACUGAAUGUAAUAUGUGAAAAUUAAUGUUUUAUCCUAUGUUAUUACCUAUUGUUUGUUUUGGCAGUUAAGAGAGAUAAUUUUCACAGAACAGAUUCAAAGCACACUGGUAAAGAAUUCCAUUUUUCUGUAUCUGUUUACAGUUAUUUGGUUUCAAUACUUUUUUUUUAACCGAGAAAAAUGAAAGGAUAUAUGUUAACUUUUUCAAAUCAAAAUUAUAAAACAAAAAAAAAAUCUCUAAAUGAAGUAUAAUCGAAUUGCAAUUACAGUAAACACAAUAAUACAUAACAUAAUCAAUGCUUAGUGUGCUGAGAACUACCUACUAAUUUAAAUGCAAGAAGUAACAAAACAUACGAACACGGAAGGAAACAUGACUUUCACUACAAACGAGAUUCGAACUCAGAUCCUUCACAUGAAAGCGUGGUUUCCUAGCACCUUAGCACUAAUGACAAAUUCUGCAGCAAGUUGGUCACAUCAGAUGGUGGCAGAAUUCCGGACUGAGUAAGGCAUGAGUGAGUAAUACGGCUACAUUUGGCAAAAAAAAAAAAAAAGCUGACUUUGCCACAUGGUAAGAAAACGUUCGCACUCACCUUCACAAUUGGUCAAAUAAAAUUUUCUUACCAUUUGAGAACACAGUGGUGCCUUUUAGACCAUUGGUCUAUUACACAGUUUUUACUUGUAGUUUCGGGCAACCAGUUAUCGCUAUUAGGUUACUAUGCCAAAGUAUUUUUUUUUAUCUUGUACAUCCAAAAUUAUUACCCCAAAUAUAUGUUGUUGUACAGUAAUGUUAGCAAAAUGAACAUUUGUAUUUACAUUUUCCAUUGCACUAUUUAAAUUUAGUUUUCCUUGAUACAUUUUUAUGCUAUUGUAAUUUGUGCCUCUAAAUGUUAAUGUAUUUUAAUGAUCUUCCAAAUGUUUUUACGUUUAAAUGUAUACCAAAACAUUUGAAAAUAAUGUAACAAAAUUACUAUUGAACUCAAAAAUUUUUGAGAAUGUUUUUUUUUUACUUCCUCUGUUAUUAUAGUUAAGAAUUUCUGUGUAUGUUACACAAAAUUUUAACCAACACAAAAUUAAUUUUAAUUAAAAUUUGCUGUUAUUUAGGUGUGCUUGGGUCCACUGUAUUAUUGAAAAAUAAACUUAAGUAUGCACCAUGUUUUGUGCAAUUGUAAAUAUUCACAGUUACUUGUUAAUUUGUUCUGGUGUUAUAGGUGUGUGUGAUACAGAGUUAGAAUGGAAAUAUAACAGAAUUAACCCCGUGAUGGAUUUGAUGUAAAACUGUUCUGCAAAUGGUUAAAUAGUGUUAUUUAUACAGAGUAUUUAAAUUAUUUUGUAAUUCUUGACAGUCACACUGAACACAGUAAAAUUUAAACAUUAACACAUUUAGUUAUAUUUGGAUGUUAAAGAAGGAUUGAACUUGAUGGCUGUCAUAGUCUCCUAGGAUGGGCAGACAUUAGAAAGAUCAGCAGACAGUCUGCUCUUUAUAAAGUGUUCAAGAACUCAUCGAAAUGUGACACCAACUUAGUGAAAGUAGAUCUUGUCUCAUGCUUCAUACAUGUACGUAUGUUGGAAAAUAAUUUUCUUUUCAACAGAGGAAGAAUGUGCAAGUUAAACAAAUGUUUAAUGUUUUCGGCUACAUUGAGAUACUUCGGACAUCAAUUAAAUUAUGUAAUGAAAUUUUCAAAGGAAAUGAUAAAAGUUACACAUUUCCCCACAUGAGUAGGCUAGUUUGGAGUGAACAUAAGCUAGCUAAGUUCAAUUGCUGUCAAUAGUUAAAUGUGAGAAUUUUUUGUGUAACUGGUUCACUAAAAAAUGCUGUAUGAGAUUUUUUAUGAUUGUACAUCAUACCUCAUUCUUGUUCUAACACGAGAAAUGGUGAAUGUCAAUAAGAAAUAGCAAAAUGUUAUGUUCAAUAUUUGAACAUAAAACAAAUCUAAUAUUUCUAAAGCAACCUUAGGUUUAAAGUUUAGUGUUCAAAACAUUUUUUUAUGAUGGCAUAUUUCAUAAAAAAUUAUUUACCAAUAGCAAUCAGCGGAAUUUGUUUAAAUAUGUGCACAUAUAUUACCUGUAACAAAAGAAUUCUGAAUACAAACAGUAAUUUUAAACAUACACAAUGAUCUGGCAGGCAGCAUUUAUAACCCAAAUUAGUAUGGUCUUGUUUAAUGUAAACCUAAUGGUGUAUGUAAACAAAGGUCUGUUAAAUGAAAACUGAAACACAUACGUGCACACUGUAUGUUAGUCAUUCUGCACCAAAAUAAAUGUAUAUAUAUAAUGUUUCAAAAUUACAGGCACUAUUGUUAAAAUGAUACUAUGUAUAAAAUUAAUGUGAAAUGUGAAAGAUAUAUAACUUUAUA